GAAUGAAGAUCAAUUUAAAUUAUUUGUUAAGAAUAUUGAUUCUAUUGAUAAUUGUAGAACGGAUGAAUAUCAUUUCAAUAUGAAAGCUUAUUGUGUAUUCUAUUGUAAUCAAGAUGUUAGAAUCUUAAAACAAGGUCAUUCCAAAUUUAGAGAUAUGUGUUUAGAAUAUUUAAAUAUUGAUGUCGAUAAAGUAAUUUCAGCAGCUUCUUUAGCUAAUACUUACUUUAAGCAUAACGUAUAUUCAAAAAUAAAUAAUUUAAAAGAAUAUGGAGGAAAAGUUAGAGAAUUUAUUCAAGGAGCUAUUUAUGGAGGUAGAUGUAUGACUAGAGAUAAUAAAAAGUGGUAUGUAAAUGAUGAAUUAUAUGAUUAUGAUGCUUGUUCAUUAUAUCCUUCAGCUAUUAAUAGAUUAAAAUUAGCAACUGGUUCUCCAAUUGUUAUUCCUAAAAAUAUGUUAAUUAAUGAUUAUUUACUUAAUCACCUUAUGGAUGAACAACAAUUAGAACCUACUGAAAGUAAAUUUAUUUCUGCUUUUAUUGUUGAUAUUGAUAUUACUAAAGUAAAUAAGAAAUUACAUUUCCCAUUGAUUGUUAAAAAAGAUAAAACUGGUAAUCAUAAUACUAAUGAACCUUGUGUUAUGAGAGUUGAUAAUAUAUUAUUAGAAGAUCUUAUUAAAUUCCAACAGAUUGAAUAUAAAAUAAUUAGAGGUUAUUAUUGGACUGGUAAUAAGUCUGAUUUAUUAUCUAACGAGAUGUCUAAAUUGUAUAAUUUAAGAAGAGAUUUUAAGAAACAAGGUAAUCCAGUUCAAGAAGUAUUUAAAUUAAUUAUGAAUUCAUCAUAUGGUAAAACUAUUCAAAAACCAAUUAAAUCUGAUCUUGUAUAUAAACAAAUAUCUGUUAAAAAUAAGAAAGGAGAUAUUCAGUAUGAUGCUGAUAGAUAUUUAAGAAAGAAUUCAUUAUUAGUUAAAUCAUUUUAUGAUGUUGCUGAAAAUAUUAGAUGUUUUGAAUGUAAUAAAAGUUUUGAUGAUUUCUUUGUACCAAAUCUUAUUGGUGUUCAAACUCUUACUAUGUCAAAACGAAUUAUGAAUGAAGUUAUGUGUUUAGCAGAAGAUCUCAAUAUUCCAAUUUAUUAUCAAGAUACUGAUUCUAUGCAUAUUUUAAAAUCAAGAAUUAACGAAUUAGAAGAUGAAUAUUAUAAGAAAUAUAAUAGAGUACUUAGAGGUUCUGAUAUGGGUCAAUUCCAUCCAGAUUUUGAUGAAUUAUCUGGUGAUGUAACUA